GGGUUUUAGUUUGCAGGAUUAUAAAUUCAUCCGACUCUUUCCAUUGUAACACAGAUUCAUUAGCCUAAUUCUUGCCGAGAGAGAGAGAGAGGAAGAUGGGGCACUCUAACAUCUGGAAUUCUCACCCAAAAACCUAUGGCCCUGGAUCCCGCACAUGCCGUGUUUGCGGGAACCCUCAUGGAAUUAUUAGGAAGUAUGGUUUGAUGUGCUGCAGGCAAUGCUUCCGCAGCAAUGCUAAGGAAAUUGGCUUUAUUAAGUAUCGCUAGACUGUUCCGGCAUGGACUUUGCAGAGGGUCGUUUUGAUUUAUUUAGUGGUAGCCAUUUAUUCAAGAAUGGAUGACUGUUAUAAACCAUGUUUAAACUCUUAUUAGAUGGUAAACCAUGAGAUUUUUUGUUUUA